AUGACUCCAAAACCAAACAAGGUUCUUUGUCCUUGUCCUCAAAACGAAAAGAAAAGAGAGCUCAGUUACAAGGCCAGUUAUCAUCUGAAGAAUCAGAAAGAUGCGAAGGACCAACCAUCGCUAAAGCCGAAAGUCAUCAUAGCUCAGUGCACCAGCCGGGAAUCGAACCCGGGUCUGUACCGUGGCAGGCCUGUCAGACCGCCGUGCAACCACCCCGGCAAGGACAAGACCGAGCCGAGUAACGAUCCUCUACAGCACCGGACACAUCCGAAGAUGAUCGUGGCCGUUAAUCACGCUCCGAUCGCACGGUCAUGGUUCAUCAACCAGGUUUGGGGGCAGUCUCCUUAG